UUGAUUGAUUGACUUUUAAAACAACGUUAUCUUAACCAAAUACAGAGGCAACCUUGUUCUCUUUAAUUUAUGCCAUUUAACACAACAAAAUGACAUGGAAAAGAGAGAAAAUUUAAAUUCAAAUUAGGGCAUUAUGGUCAACUUAGAGGUGGAUGAAAAUGUCACAUGAAAGGAUUUAUAAGAAAGAAAUGCUAGCAAAUAUCCGAUAUUUUCACAGCAGAUAAACUCCUCUCACGAAGCCUAGACAAACAGCAGUGACGUUUAUCCAUGUAUCGGAGAGUUGAGAGUUGUUACAAUAUAGAAGUGGAAAAGUGAUCAAGCAUUGCGUUGUGUCAAACCAGAGAUGCACACGCAUGUGAAAUGGCAGGAUUAUUAAUUAACAGACAUGAAAAUGGCCAUUCCUAAAUCCACUCAUGCCUUUCUAACAAGGAAAUUGCCCUGAAUAUUCGACAGUAAAAAAUCUAAAGGAGUAAUGCUGCUCCAAACAGUAACCAUGAAUUAAGGGUUUAAUCGUCGAAGAACCCUCUAUCAUGAAAAAUACAUAGUUUAAAACGGUGAAACACGAAGUUGGUACUUAAUAAAAGCUCAGUUACCAUGAAUCUGGCCAUGAAUAGACGUGUGACUGUUUUAAAUAACUAUGUAAUCAAUAUCCCAACCGCAGUUUAAUUGUCACUUAGUCUGCACUCAUAUAAAGCAUAAGCAUUUGUAUGCAAUAAGUUGAACAUAUUGAUACGGCAUGAUAAGUCGUGAAAUAAACUGUGGAUGCUAUUAGUUUGGAGUGAACCUGCUAAUUUUCAGGAUCGGGAAUACAUAUAUAAGAAUUCAUAGCAGCAGACCAUUUCCGCAGAUGCAUCUUACAGAAAGACCAGGCAUCACCACAGCAAUGGAGAAAACUACAACUGAGGCAACAACGAUUGGCUAUGGUUCUACAGGAAUAUACCUUAACUUUGCCAACAUGUCAUUCGAAGAAAUUCAAAGGCGACUAGACAAUUUCAGUCAAGAACAACCCGAGAAUUUGGAUAUUUUGCAGGACCAAAGAUGGAGAAUUGCUACAGUUGUGAUUUAUAGUAUUGUGAUACUGUUUGGAUUCCUGGAGAAUAUGGUAAUCGUGUGUGUUCUUAUAAAACAUCAGCACCUGCAUGUGCCAACGAACAUUUUCAUCCUGGGACUGGCAACCUCUGAUAUUCUUCUAUGUGUGUUCAACUUGCCGCUUCAGCUUCAUUACCAACUCACUAACCAGUGGGCAUUCGGAAAAGCGUUGUGCAAAGUUGUAAUGCCCACUUAUGGUAUACCAGUGUUCGUCUCCACCAUGUCGAUUUUAAUGAUUGCCAUUGACCGAUACAUUCUCAUAGUUCAUCCAUUCCGCAAACGCAUGACAUCCCAAAUGGCUGUUGGGCUGGUUGUCUCUAUAGCUACACUUGCUGUAGUACUGACGAUUCCACUUUUCAUUCAAAUGGAGUACACAGUAAUAGACUUUCCUGAACUUAAGAUUUAUCAAACGUACUGCUCUGAAAUGUGGACAAGUUUGAAACUUCGACAUACAUACACUGUUUCUAUUCUAGUUGUUCAAUAUUUUAUGCCCCUAAUAGUGACAUCAUUCUUAUACAUACGAAUCGGUAAUGUGUUGAGACGAAGACCUAUCAAAAAGAAGGAAAAACGGCAUAAACACAAAACGAACAAAAUACUCAUUGCCAUAGUUUUGUUUUAUGCAAUUUGCUGGACACCCUGGACAAUGCUUGCUCUUAUGUUGGAGUUUUACCCAACCAUCAUUCCCGGAAGUCAUAUUAAACUAUUUGAUCUUCUCCUCAAAAUAUUCGCAAUGGGGUCGGCGUGUAUAAAUCCUUUCAUGUACGGAUGGCUCAAUGACAACUUUCGAAAGGAGUUUAACAUACUGAUGCGAAGACAAAGUAGAAGUCGUGUGAAAACAAACGGAAAUACAUACUCUUUGGCGGAACAUUCCAAAACAGAACCAUUGUUUGACACGUGUAAAUGUCCAACGGCCAUGAUGUAAUGUUCAAGGAUAAUUGUUAUUUCUUGAUUGCUUGGAAAACAUAGGUUUUAUCAUUGCACGGUGUUGAAUACAUUUCAAUAUAAAAUGAAAUGGGCAUGUAAACAUUGCUAUUAUUUACAAUAGUUUAUGUACGAAUAUUUACAUGAACUUCAUUUCUGAAACGUAAGCAACGUGUACUUGACUUUUUUUAAUCAUUUCUGAAAAAACAACAACAUUGUUUGAUUAGUUUAUUUGAAACGGAGUUACAAAUUGCAUCUACAAAUGUGCAUUACUUUUUGAUAAUAUAUAUGAA